AUGUCCUAUGACCGCUACGUUGCCAUCUGCAAGCCCCUGCACUACGGGACCCUCCUGAGUAGCAGAGCUUGUGCCCAGAUGGCAGCAGCUGCCUGGGGCAGUGGGGUUCUCAAUGCUCUGUUGCACACUACCAAUACAUUUUCACUUCCCCUUUGCCAAGGCAAUGCUUUGGACCAGUUCUUCUGUGAAAUCCCCCAGAUUUCCAAGCUCUCCUGCUCAAAUUCCUACCUCAGGGAAGUUGCACUCCUCAUAUUGAGUGGUUUUCUCUUUUUGGGGUGUUUUGUUUUCAUUGUUAUGUCCUAUGUGCAGAUCUUCAGGGCUGUGCUGAGAAUCCCAUCUCAGCUCGGAAGGCACAAAGCCUUUUCCACAUGUCUCCCUCACCUGGCCGUGGUCUCCCUGUUUAUUAGCACAGGAAUUUUUUCCUACCUGAAGCCGCCCUCCCUGUCCUCCCCAUCCUUGAAUGUAGUGGUGGCAGUUCUGUACUCGGUGAUGCCUCCAGCAGUGAACCCCCUCAUCUACAGCAUGAGGAAGCAGGAGCUGAAGGAUGCCCUGAGGAAAGUGAUUUCAUGGACAUUUUUCAGAAGUGAUAAACUUUUUCUCUCUCUCCACAAAUGA